UCCACUGAGUAGCCUGCAGCCUCAGCCACAGAAACUCGGGUUGUUUCCCCCCCCCCCAACUUUACCGCCAGUUGUCAGUUUGUCUGGGCGAAUACGCUUCGUUAGCACACCGAAUAAGCCGACAGUGAGUCACACAGCAGCGAUCGGAACUUGAAAUAUGACGAUAAGCAAAAUGGGAGGAAAGUCGUUGCUAGCUCACUGAAGUUGGAGGUUCUCCUUGUGGAAGAGGAAGAGGUGGCGGCGGACACCACGAGUUCACUCUCACAAUAAAAGGAGUGAACCCAGCCUUCCAACAUACCUCCUCCCUUUCAUUGGGCUAAGAUGAGUAUUACCAGUGACGAAGUGAACUUCUUGGUCUACAGAUACCUCCAAGAAUCAGGUUUCUCUCACUCAGCAUUCACCUUUGGCAUCGAGAGCCACAUCAGCCAGUCCAACAUCAAUGGAACACUAGUGCCCCCUGCAGCCCUCAUCUCCAUCCUGCAGAAAGGGCUUCAGUAUGUGGAGGCAGAAAUCAGCAUCAAUGAGGAUGGCACAGUCUUCGACGGUCGGCCGAUCGAGUCGCUGUCGCUCAUUGAUGCGGUGAUGCCAGAUGUGGUGCAGACGCGGCAGCAGGCCUUCCGCGACAAGUUAGCCCAGCAGCAGGCGGCCGGUGCCAUGGCAGCUUCAACCUCUGGAAACCAGUCUAAUGCACCAAAGAAUGGAGAAGCCACUGUCAAUGGGGAGGAGAAUGGCACUCACAACAUGAAUAACCACAGUGAGCCCAUGGAGAUGGAUGUAGACGUUGCGAUACCAGCCAGUAAAGCCACAGUGCUGCGAGGCCACGAGUCAGAAGUGUUCAUCUGUGCCUGGAACCCUGUCAGUGAUCUGCUGGCCUCAGGCUCCGGGGACUCCACCGCCAGGAUCUGGAACCUGAAUGAGAAUAAUAACUCCAACUCCACCCAGCUGGUGUUGCGCCACUGUAUCCGAGAAGGUGGCCAGGAUGUCCCCAGCAACAAAGACGUCACCUCACUGGACUGGAAUAGCGACGGGACUCUCCUGGCAACGGGCUCCUAUGAUGGAUUUGCCAGGAUAUGGACAAAGGAUGGAAAUCUGGCAAGCACCUUGGGGCAGCACAAAGGGCCCAUAUUUGCACUCAAGUGGAACAAGAAGGGGAACUCUAUUCUCAGUGCUGGUGUAGAUAAGACGACAAUCAUUUGGGACGCGCACACAGGAGAAGCCAAGCAGCAGUUCCCUUUUCACUCAGCCCCAGCACUGGAUGUCGACUGGCAGAACAACACCACCUUUGCCUCCUGUAGCACAGACAUGUGCAUUCACGUAUGUCGCCUUGGGAGCGACCGGCCCCUCAAGACCUUCCAGGGCCACACGAAUGAAGUUAAUGCCAUUAAGUGGGAUCCGUCGGGGAUGCUGCUUGCCUCCUGCUCAGAUGACAUGACGUUAAAGAUUUGGAGUAUGAAGCAGGAGUCCUGUGUCCACGACCUCCAGGCUCACAGUAAAGAGAUCUACACCAUCAAGUGGAGUCCCACAGGCCCCGGCACAAACAACCCAAACUCCAACAUAAUGCUCGCCAGUGCCUCUUUCGACUCGACAGUGCGACUGUGGGAUGUCGAGCGAGGCGUUUGUAUUCACACACUGACCAAACACCAGGAACCCGUCUACAGUGUGGCCUUCAGCCCUGAUGGCAAACACCUAGCCAGCGGCUCCUUCGAUAAGUGUGUCCACAUUUGGAACACCACGACUGGAGCCUUGGUGCACAGCUACCGGGGUACUGGUGGUAUUUUCGAGGUUUGCUGGAACAGCACCGGGGACAAAGUUGGUGCCAGUGCAUCAGACGGCUCGGUAUGUGUUCUUGAUCUCCGAAAAUAGCUGACUUGAGACUCUGAUGAUGAAUCCUGAAACGUGCAGCAAAUUGCCUUCUUCUGACAUCAGCAAACACACUCUCAUUGCUCGAGAAGAGCUGUUAAGGUGGACUGAAACAAAAACCCUCACAGGAGUUAAACCAGAUGACUGCAGCAGCUUCUGAGGAGCCAACACCAACUGGAUUCAGUGCACCUUACAGUCUGUUGACGUGUGUUUUUAUGAUACACCUGUUUGAGACAAUGGAAGCGGGUUAAGAGAUGCCCAAGACUGGACUGAAUCCAACUCCCUGGGUGCAUCCGUGUUUUAAAAAAGGUUUCUAAUGAGGAAGUGCUGUGAUCCCUCCGGGCCACUGGUCCAGCUGUUAUCAGGUUGUAAGGGUUGAAAACACAAAGAUGAGUUUUACAGAAAGAGAGAAGUGUUAAUGAGACACGUGUUUGGCUGUGAAAGGCAACAAAUUAUGAAAGAAAGGUUGUGGUUUUAGAAUUCCUUUGUGCUAAUGUUACUUCAUGUCCAAAUGAACAAACCAGUGACAUGAUAAAGGUAACAUCAAUAUUGAAGCACUGGUAUUGUCUGUUGACAGGGUGCUUAACUUCUCCUCAGUGGAGAAUAGUUUUUUUUUUUCCAAGAGUA